AUGGCUCGGAGCGACAAUGAUAUUGGCGCAGCACCGAUAUUGACGCUAAUCUGCACCACUGAGAGCGUCAAAGUUUUGGUGACACUACUGAGUUGUCUUGUGUAUGGCAAGCGUGAUCAACGCGUGCGCUGCGAUGUGGAUAAACGCGGUUUGCUGUUCACUGCACAUUCUAAAGGCAAAUCCCUGCAGAUCAAGACGUCUAUUGGACGAGAACUCUUCGAGACGUACAAGUUCGGCGCCGCUGAUUCUGCAAUAGAGGAUCAGGACGAGGAAGAAGAAGAUGAUGAUAAUGUGCAGCUGAGUUUUGCACUUAACGUAAAUCUUCUUAUCGAAUGUCUGUCAAUAUUUGGACCCUCAGCUCUCGCUACCACGUCACUACGGAUGACUUACGAGCCAGAGAGUGCAAGCUUGCUGCUUGUGGUUGAGGAUAGCGGCGUCAUGUGCGAGUGCUCAGUGCAGGUGUUGGAGCACGAAGAUGGUGACAUAGGUCAGCUGGAGUUUGAAAGCGCUUUUGAGCAAUCAAUGGUUGUAGCACGCUGUAUCAUACAGUCAGAGCCUUUGCGAGAUGCUUUUGCUGAGCUCUACGAUUUACCCAGUGCUGCGAGUGUCACAAUUGCCAUGGCAGAUGAGGACAGCAGAAAUCUAAACGAUAGGUCGGAAGCCCAGUGCUUAAGCUUGAGCGCCACAUCAGAGACAGGAUCAUGUGAGAUCGGCUUUUCGCCAACUUCAUCGGCAAUUAUUGAGUUUUCAUGUGCACCAUCAAGUGAAGAGAAAUAUGGUGGGAGUUGUGCGGCUACAUUUCAUGUUGCAGUAUUACAACAGGCAUUUAAGGCUCUUGCUUUUUCGAAUGAAACUUUCCUCCGAAUGAAUGGUAUCGGUUUCCUGUCAAUACAGCACAUGAUUGAAUGCGGUACAGGUGACAAAGCAUUCGUUGACGCGUUGAUCAGCCCUGAGGAUACUUCCAUUUCGUAG